AGUGUUACGUCAUCUAGCAUUUUUGCGCCCACUCCCCGAAGUCCCCAUCCGAUCGGCAGCUGUUCCCCGGGAUACGCGGCACCGAGUCUUUAAUCGCAUUGGACUCCUCGGGCCGCCUGGGCGGGGUGGAGGCGGGGGAGAGAGACCGCCCUUGGGGAUUUUGGCGGGAUGUUGCGGGCAGCUCUCUCUCCGGCCGCCCUGGCGGGGGCCGGGCUUCACCUCUCCGACCGGCGACCGCCAGUGCCCGGGUCCCUGCCGCGAGGAUUGAGAGCGUGAGCUUGUGGGUCCGCCCGCGGGCCUGGAGGGCACGCACGCCGGGGACUCGGCGGUGUCGGCUCGCGGCCGGCUUCAGACAGACGAAGUCCUAGUUGUGCGGGAACCGUUACCUUUGAACGCACAGGCUGCACCUUGUUUUGCGAACUCUGUGGGCGUGUAGGGACAGGGCAAUGGACUGGGUGAUGGCUCCCAGUUCAUGGUGGUCGUCUCAGUUACGUAGCAGCCGGCUGCACGAAGGCCCCCUACCGGGCCAGACCUCCCGAGCGGCCUGUGGUCGGAAAGCCUCGGCCUUUGCUCAUGGAGCUUGGGCUGAGCGCGGGUGCCGGGCCGCCGGCCGCUGGUUCCCUCGAACGCAUCGCCCCUUGGUCUGACAUCCCCCGCCAAACAGGAGAGGCCUGAUUCGAUUUAUUUCACAGGACACUUACACGUGGGUCUCACUGUCCUUCUACUUCGCAGUUAACAAGUUUACAAUCCCGGCUAAGCCAGAAGAGCCAACGCGGGAUCUUGCCGACCGAGACCCCGGACUUCCCGCAGAGAAGGCUGCCCAAACUCUGCGAGGCCUGAACCUCGCGGCUCUGCGUGCCCAACUCUCGCGGUUCUGCGUGCCUGACUCUCGGCGUGGACGCGUUCCCGCGCUUUCUGGCGUGAGGGUCAGAGGGCACGCCGCCGCGCAGGCGCACGGAGCCGAGGCUGCGGCGGCCAUGGGGGAGGCGGGCGGCGCUGAGGAGAGCUGCAGGCAUAUGGGAACUAAAGAAGAAUUUGUUAAAGUCAGAAAGAAGGACCUGGAACGACUGACAACUGAAGUGAUGCAAAUACGGGACUUCUUACCCAGAAUACUAAACGGGGAAGUGCUGGAAAGCUUCCAGAGAUUAAAGAUUGUAGAAAAAAACCUGGAAAGGAAAGAGCAAGAGUUAGAGCAACUGAGAAUGGAUUGUGAGCACUUCAAAGCCCGCCUGGAGUCUGUGCAAGAGGACAGCGUGAGCGAGAAGAAGGAGAAACUGGCUCUUCGACAGCAGCUGAAUGAAGCAAAGCAGCAACUCCUGCAGCAGGCAGAGUACUGUACAGAAAUGGGCGCAGCAGCCUGUACCAUUUUGUGGGGUGUCUCCAGCAGUGAGGAAGUGGUCAAAGCCAUUCUGGGAGGAGAUAAAGCUUUGAAGUUUUUCAACAUCACUGGUCAAACAAUGGAGAGUUUUGUGAAGUCACUGGAUGGGGAUGUCAAGGAGCUGGAUUCUGAUGAAAAUCAGUUUGUUUUUGCUUUGGCUGGAAUCGUAACAAAUGUAGCUGCCAUAGCAAGUGGUCGUGAAUUCCUGGUUAACUCGAGUCGGGUGCUCUUGGACACCAUACUGCAGCUUCUGGGAGACUUGAAGCCGGGACAGUGCACCAAACUCAAAGUGUUAAUGCUGAUGUCCCUGUACAACGUGAGCAUCAAUUUGAAAGGCUUGAAGUACAUUAGUGAGAGUCCAGGAUUCAUCCCUUUGUUGUGGUGGCUUCUGAGCGAUCCAGACACAGAGGUGUGUCUUCACGUGCUGCGCCUUGUUCAGUCUGUGGUUCUGGAGCCAGAAGUCUUCUCCAGGCAAUGUGCAGUUUAUGGCUGAGGCUGAGUGAAGGAGCUUUCAGGAAGGCACAGUUGCUUGAAUUUCACGAGCCGACAUAUUGUGGAACCUGGCUCAUCAGAACCAGAGAAAUAUUGUAAAAGGCAGUUUAAAAUUCACAGAGGCAGAAAUUGGUCCAUCUGUGCUGUGUGGCUCUGUAGGUCCUGUUGAUUGGCAAAUAAAAUUGAGGACGUUGUGUUUUUGUUCUUUUCUAGCAUAGUAUCAUUUUCGUUUUGGUUAUUUGUUUGAUAAGGUAACAGGAGAUAAACUAGUAUAAUUAGUUGUGCUGCCUCUAGAAAUGCAGGGUCUUUUUCCUGCCAAAGAUGGGAUCAGUGGC